CACCCGCAACAAGUAAUAAAAAUAACGUAAAUAAGAUUUUGUAUUUCAGUUCCAAAUUUGUUUGUUCAUUUGCGUCACUAACAAGGAAGUAUAGUGUCGCAUAAAUAGACGAUGAUUUGAGUGUUAUAGAACGUGUUAUUCAAGUAUAACAUAUUCAACCUUGCUUGAAAUAUGAACAAAGUAAAUAUAUUGUUUAUGGUGGUUUUCCUAAACCUUUAUGUUUAUGUAAGAAGUGGAAAGAUACUACGUUCGUACAAUAAAGGAAACGGCUAUGGAUACGGAGGAUACGGUGGUGAAUUAUACAACAAUGGGUACGGAUAUGGAAACAACUACUAUAGUGACGAAUCUAAAACUUCUGUGAAAGAAGAUCCAACAUAUAAUUCAUACAACAAGGGGUAUGGAUACGGAGCAUACGGUGGUGGAUUAUACAACAAAGGGUAUGGAUACGGAAACAGUUACUACAGUGACGAGACGAAAGCGGCUAUGAAAGAAGACCCUAGUUAUAACUCAUACAACAAGGGAUAUGGAUAUGGGGGAUACGGAGGAUAUGGUGGUGGAUUAUACAACAAAGGUUAUGGAUAUGGAAACAACUACUACAGUGACGAAUCAAAAAUGGCUAUGAAAGAAGAUCCCAGUUACACUUCAUACAACAACGGGUAUGGCUACGGUGGAUACGGAGGAUACGGUGGAGGUUUGUACAACAAAGGGUACGGGUACGGAAACAACUACUACAGUGACGAAUUAAAAAAGGCUGUAAAAGAAGAUCCAGCAUAUAAUUCAUACAACAAAGGAUAUGGUUACAGUGGAUACGGUGGCUACGGUGGAUACAGUGGUGGCAUAUACAAUAAAGGGUACGGAUAUGGAAACAACUACUACAGUGACGAAUCUAAAGCGGCUAUAAAAGAAGAUCCUACAUAUAAUUCAUUCAAUAAAGGGUAUAGAUAUGGCGGAUAUGGAGGUAAUGGUGGAUCGUAUUAUAAAGGUUAUGGAUACGAAAAAUCUUAUUUCGAGGACGAAUAAAAAAGAAUUGAUUGACGAGUUAUUUUUUUAAACUAUUGUAAAUGAUUACUUUGCAAUGCAUUCCUUUUCUUCUUCUUUUUUUCAAUUAGAUGUUUAACAAAUAAAUUUUUGACUAUUCUCUUUUUAAACAGGAUGAAUUUUUUAGUUAUAUUAUAUGCAUUUUUUAGUUAUAUUGUAAAGAAUGAUUUUAUGCAACAAACAUAACUUCUUGUUAUGUUAAUCAAAUACUUAAUGAAAUUUUUUUCAUUUGUUCAAUAAUAAAUGGUUAAAAUAA